AACCAAGUCUCUCUAACAUUGGUACAUUUGUGUAGCACUGAAAUACCAGCCACACAUUCCUACAAAAAGAGGAGGGAUCAUGAAACAAACUCCAUAGGACUUGAGGAAAUCAGGUGCACUGAACCGGCUCAUCUAACACCCGAAAAUAUCAUUGUUUAUAAAUUCCUUAUGAACAUCCUUCUUGCCAGUCUCUCUUUUAAACCAUGAAUGGAAGUAUCAACAUCUCUAAUGGGACAACAUCCUUGUCUGGACAAUGCCACCGAGACACCAGGAUAGCCCAUGUGGUAUUCCCGCUCUUGUACAGCAUACUUUUCCUCACUGGAUUUCUGCUGAACAGUUUGGCUGUGUUGGCUUUUUUCCAGAUUCCAACCUCUUCAAGUUUCAUUGUGUACCUUAAGAAUACCUUGGUUUCUGAUUUCAUAAUGACACUUAUGCUGCCUCUGAAAAUUCUAACGGAUUCAGAACUGGGGCUGUGGCAACUUAAAGCUUUCGUCUGCCGUUUCUCAGCUGUGAUAUUCUACAAUACCAUGUACAUAAGCAUAGUGCUCCUUGGACUUAUUUCUUUAGACAGGUUUCUCAAGAUCAUUCGGCCAUUUGGGAAGUUUUGGUUGCAUAAUGUCAGUUCAGCAAAAAUUAUUUCAGGGUUUGUCUGGUUCUUCUUUUUCGGCCUCUCCUUGCCAAAUAUGGUUUUGUCAAACCGUGAAGCCACACGUCUUUCUGUAAGGAAGUGUGCUUCCUUGAAGAGUCACUUGGGACUGAAAUGGCAUGAAGCUGUCAAUUACAUAUGCCAGCUCAUCUUCUGGACUGUGCUAAUCUUAAUUCUCCUGUUUUAUAUAAUUAUUGCUAAGAAGAUCUAUAGCUCUUAUAUAAAAACUCAGACAACAGAGUGCAAAAUCAAACAAAGAGCCAAAACCAAGGUAUUUAUAAUUGUAGCUGUUUUUUUCAUCUGCUUUGCCCCUUUUCAUUUUUCCCGUGUACCGUACACUCUUAGCCAGACUGGCAAAAAUAUUGACUGCAAUAUGCAGAACAAACUGUUCAUUGCUAAAGAAAGCACUCUCUGGUUAGCCACUGCAAAUAUAUGCAUGGACCCACUGAUAUACAUACUCCUGUGCCGACAAUUUGUUGAAAAAGCUUUCUGUGCUAAAUUACGGAAAUCUAGGUAUACAAUUCAAGAACCUCCAACUAUUGCACUGGACACUGGAAUAUCAGUAUAGACUUCUUAGUUGGUAACUUUUUCUUAUUCCAAAAAUUGCACUACAUCAUUGUCAAAUAAAAUACAUUUUAAUUUCAAAAGG